AUGGCUCUUAGAAGGAGUCGAGGCGAGGGCUAUGUUCUGAGACUGAGGCUGAUCAAACUGGCCAAGAGCAGCAGCAGCAGCGGCGGCAGCGGCAACCUACGCAGCAGCAGCGGCUCAAGAAUUAUUAUUAAAUUCGAUAUAAAUAAUAUUCGCAACAGCGGCUGUUCCCCGCCCCCCACCAGAUCCCCUCCGCUGGACAGUCUGCUGAUUAAUAAAAGACGGCUGCCGUGGCAGAAGUUCCGAGAUGGCCUGCGGUGCUUAAAAAUUCUGAGGCAUCUGUCAAGUCGAGCGAAGGUGAAGGUUUCGCACAGGCGCAGCAGGACCUGGUCUGUGGCAGAGAUCUGCCAGAGAUCUGGUGCAUACGGUAAGCCCCUCAUUUCCCUCAGUAACCUAUGUCCUGGAGCCCAACUGGACAGAAGCUUUGGCAUCUCGCAGGAGUGGGAGCAGCGGGAGUGCUGUGUGAUUUAG